GAUAACGAACUUCCGCUUUCAGUCUUCUAACUUAACCUUCUCCCCUAACUUAUGCGAGUGUUCUUCUCAGCGCUGGGCUUGGAUCCCUGACAUGGAGGAAAUGCUGUCUUUCAGGGAUGUGGCCAUUGUUUUCUCUGCAGAGGAGGGUGAAUACCUGGGCCCUGAUCAGUGGAAUCUGUACAGGGAUGUGAUACUGGAGAAUUACAGCAACCUCGUGUUCCUGGGUCUUGCCUCCUCUAAGCCUUCCCUGAUCACAUUUCUGGAGCAAACACAAGACCCUUCAGACAUGAAGAGACUCACAGCAGCUGCCAUGGAAACAGGAAACAAAUACUAUACAGGCAAAGAAUGUGACAAAACCCUUCCUUGGAACUCACAACCUAUUAGUCACCAGAAAAUUAACUUAAGAAUGAAGCCAUGUAAGUGUGAAGAAUGUGGGAAAGCCUUCCAUUUUCCAUCGUUACUUUGUGUGCACAAGAGAUUUCAUACAGGAGAGAAAUCCUACAAUUGUGAUAUAUAUGCUGAGGACUUCUGUUUUCCAUCACGUCUUACUGAACACAAGAGAAUUCAUAGAGGAAUAAAACCCUACAAGUGUGAAGUAUGUGGCAAAACCUUCAAACAUCCAUCAAUACUUCUUAUACACAAGAAAAUCCAUACAGGAGAGAAAUCCUACAAGUGUGAAGUAUGUGGCAAGGCCUUCCAUGUUCGAUCACAACUUUCUGUACACAAAAGCGUUCAUACUGGAGAGAAACCCUACAAGUGUGAAGUGUGUGGAAAGGCCUUCUGCAUUCCAUCAAGACUUUCUGUACACAAAAUGAUUCAUUCAGGGGAGAAAACCUACAAGUGUGAAGUAUGUGGCAAAGGCUUCUGUACUCCAUCACGGCUUUCUGAUCAUAAGAGAAUUCAUACAGGAAUUAGACCCUACAAGUGUGAAGCAUGUGACAAGGCCUUCUGUUUUCCAUCACAACUUACUGUACACAAGCGAAUUCAUACAGAAGAGAAACCCUACAGGUGUGAGGUAUGUGGGAAGUCCUUCAAAUGUUUAUCAGUACUAUCUGAACACAAGAGCAGUCAUACAGGAGACAAACCCUACAAGUGUGAUGUAUGUGGUAGGGCCUUCAGUUUUCCGUCACGAGUUUCUGAACACAUGAGAAUUCAUACAGGAGAGAAACCUUAUAAGUGUGAAUUAUGUGGAAAGGGCUUCUAUAUUCCAUCACAUCUUUUUGUACACAAAAGGAUUCAUACAGGAGAGAAACCCUAUGAGUGUGAAGUAUGUGGCAAAGCCUUCAAUACUUCAUCAGGACUUUCUGUCCACAAGAAAAUCCAUACAGAAGAGAAACCCUACAAGUGUGAAGUGUGUGGCAAAGCCUUUAAACGUCCUACAGGACUUUCUGUCCACAAGAAAAUUCACACCGGAGAGAAACCCUACAAAUGUGAAGUGUGUGGCAGGGCCUUCAGUAAUACAUCAGGACUUUCUAUACAUAAGAUGAUUCAUACAGGAGAAAAGCCCUACAAGUGUGAAGUAUGUGGCAAAGCCUUCAGAGGUCCAUCAGGACUUUGUGUACACAAGAAAAUUCAUAAAGGAGAGAUGCCCUACAAGUGUGAUGUAUGUGGUAGGGCCUUCUAUAUUCCUUCACAACUUUCUGUACACAAAAGGAUUCAUAUAGGAGACAAACCCUACAAGUGUGAAGUGUGCGGAAAGGCCUUCAAUUGUCCAUCUGGACUUUCUGUACACAAGAGGAUUCAUACAGGAGAGAAACCCCACAAAUGUGAUGUAUGUGGCAAGGCUUUUACUCGUCCUUCUGGACUUUCUAAACACAAGAGUACCCAUAUAGGAAAGAAAAAAUACAAGUGUAAAGUAUGUGACCAGACCUUUACUGGUCCAUCAGGACUAUCUAAGCACAUGAAUAUUCAUACAGGAGAGACCCUGUAAGUGAAGAGUGUGUCAUUCAUCCAUCAGGACUUUCUGAACACAAGAGAAUUCAUACAGAAGAGAUGCCCUAGUGUUUUGACGUAUGUGGCAAGGUCAUCCAUGCUGUAUCAUUACUUAAAGUACACAAGAGACUUCCUAUAGGGGAGAAACCCUACAACUGAGAAGUAUGUGGGAAAGCUUUCUGUUUUCCAUUACUACUUUCAGAAGCAAGAGCAUUCAUAUAGGAGAGAAAGCAUGCAAUCUAAAAUAUGUGGUGAGUUCUUUAGAACUUUUUGGAUUAUUUAUUCUCACUUGAUAAUCCACAAUAGAAAGAAACCCUGCAAUUAUAAGGAUUGUGGAAAAGCCUUCUAUGAAAAGCCAUACCUUGCUCAGCACGAAUGAACUCACACUGGAUAGAAACCUUACAAACGUGAAGAGUGGCAGGCUGCUCAGUUGUACCAAAAACCUUAAGGGACAUCAAAGAAUUCAUUCUGGAGUGAAACUCUACAAGUGUAAAGAAUGUGGCAAAGACUUUAUAAAUUACAUAGCACAUUCCCAGCACCAGUCUAUUAUGAGUGUGGAGAAUGGCAAUGCUUUUCCCCUGACUUCUGGUUUAAACAACUUCUAAGAACUUAUGUGUGAGAGAAAGCCUGUGAAGAAUAUGCCAAGGUCUUAUGCACUUAAUAAAAACUUUUGAAACACCUGAUAAUUCAUACUGGAGAAAAAUGCCAUUAGUGCCAAACAUUUAAAAAAAAAAACCCUUUAAUAAACUUUCUAUUAUUUCUCAAGACAAAGUAGUUCAAACUUCAGAGAAAUGAUACCAACAUUACAAUAUUCAUAAAAUGUUUUAUACUUUCUCAGUUUCUAAAAGAUAUAAAGACUCUUCUGUCCAGAAACCGUACAAAUGGGAUGUCUUUUCGUAUAUAUGUUGCCCUUACUGGUUGAUGAAUAAAGCUGUUUUGGUCAAUGGCCUGGCAGAGUAAAUCAAGAGUGCGAGUGAGUAGGUGGAGUUGAGGAGGUGCCUUGUAGCCACUGAAAAAGAAAGAUGCCAGAACAUUACCAGUAAGCUACAGCCUCAUGGCAAUACAUAGGUUAUUAGAAAUGGGUUGAUUUAAGAUGUAAGAGUUAGUUAUGGGCAUCACAAUCACUGACUUCAAACUCUACUACAGAGCUACAGUACUGAAAACAGCCUGGUAUUGGCAUAAGAACAGACAGGAGGACCAAUGGAACCAAAUAGAGGACACAGAUAUCAAUCCACACAUAUUUAAACAUUUGAUACUUGACAAAGAAGCAAAAAAUAUCAAAUGGAAUAAAGAAAGCAUAUUUAAUGAGUGGUGCUGGCAUAACUGAAUCUAAACAUGUAGAAGAAUGAAAAUAGAUCCAUAUCUAUCACCUUGCACAAAAUUCAAGUCCAAAUGGAUCAAAGACCUCAACAUAAAGCCAGCCACACUGAACCUUAUAGAAGAGAAAGUGGGAAGUACACUUAAACGUGUUGGCACAGGGAACCAUUUCCUAAAUAUAACCCCAGCAGCACAGAUACUGAGAGAAACAAUUAAUAAAUGGGACCUCCUGAAACUGAAAAGCUUCUGUAAAGCAAAGGACAUGGUCAACAAGAUAAAAUGACAGCCUACAGAAUGGGAAAAGAUCUUCACUAACUCCAUAUCAGACAGAGGUCUGAUCUCCAAAAUAUACAAGGAACUCAAGAAAUUGGACACCAAAUAAAUACAUAAUCCAAGAGUAAAGACCUAAACAGAGAACUCUCAACAGAGGUACCUAAAAUGGCUGAAAGACACUUAAGGAAAUGCUCAACAUUCUUAGUCAUCAGAGAAAUGCAAAUCAAAACAACUCUGAGAUUCCAUCUUAUACCUGAAAGAAUGACCAAGAUCAAAACACUGAUGACAACUUAUGGUGGAGAGGUUGUGGGGAAAAGGGAACACUUCUGCGUUGCUGGUGGGAAUGCAAGCUGAUACAACCCCUUUGGAUAUCAGUGUGGCGAUUUCUCAGAAAAUUAGGAAACAACCUUCCUCAAGACCCAGUAAUACCACUUUUGGGUAUAUAUCCAAAGCAUGCUCAAUCAUGCCACAAGGACAUGUGCUCAACUAUGUUCAUAGCAGCCUUGUUUGUCAUAGCCAGAACCUGGAAACAACCUGAAUGGCCCUCGACCAAAGAAUGGAUAAGGAAAAUGGUACAUUUAUACAAUGGAGUACUACACAGCAGAAAAAAUAAUGACAUCUUGAAUUUUGCAGGAAAAUGGAUAGAGCUAGAAAGCAUUUUGAGUGCAGUAACCCAAACACAGAAAGACAAUUAUCACAUGUACUCACUUAUAGGUGGUUUUUAAACAUAAAGCAAAGAAAGCCAGCCUACAAACCACAAUUCCAGAUAACUUAGACAACAAUACAGACACUAAGAGAGACUUACAUAGAUUUAAUCUACAUGGGAAGUAGAAAGUAUAAAAAGACAAGAUCUCCUGAGUAAAUUGGGAGCAUGGGGAACUUGGGGGAGGAUUGAAGGGAAAGGGGAGAGGUAGUAGGGAGGGGAGCAGAGAAAAAUGCAGAGCUCAAUAAAUAUCAAUUUAAAAAAAGAAUCAAAAUAAAAAUACUUUCAAAACACAGACACACACAAAAGUGUUAGUUUUAAAUAAGCCUGAGCCAUUGGUCAGUGUUGUAAUUAACGUAGUUUCUGUGUGAUUAUUUGAGUCUGGGCCACUGGGAAAUAAAAGUGCAAUUUCUGUUUACUUAAUGGCACCCAAUGUUUGACAAAGUACUUCCACAAAAACCUGAGGAAACUUUAAUAAAUGCUUCUAGACCCACAAAAACACAAGUCAAUUGCAGUUUCUUGGUAGCUGCAUUUUUCUUCAGCUAGACACUGCUGGCUUUGAGCAGAAGUGUGACUUCAUUAAGAGAUAACUUCCUGGUUGAUGCUCAUGGCCCAAAUGGCUCUGGAUAUUUCAGAGGUCCUGCUACAGAGCACUUAAAUGGGAUUUGUGAAAAAAAAAAAAUGCUACUAUUUACUUAAUGGGGACAAAGACUCACUGCAUCCCUGGAGUUGAGGCAGUGAACAUGUCUCCCAGAGACAGUGAACCUACCUCUGCCAUGUUUAGUGGGAAACAGCCAACAGACAAAGCCGCAGCAUUGGUCUUAGUCAUCCCAGCUUAACACUUUAAAAAAAAUGCUCCUGAUCGUAAACAGAUUACAGCUACACAGUAAAGAUAUUUAAUCCUAGCACUUGGGAGGCAGAGGCAGGAGGAUCUCUGUGAGUUCGAGGCCAGCCUGGUCUACAAGGGCUAGUGCCAGGACAGGCUCCAAAGCUACAGAGAAACCCUGUCUCAAAAAAAAAAAAAAAAAGGCCUCUAAACAGGCCAAAGUAUGUUUGAUAAAUGUGCCUGGACUUAUGACAAAGAAGAUAAAAGGUAGAGUCAUAGAUAAAAAAAAAAUUAAGAAUAUUAAACUGAGGUUUUUAAAGGAAUAAUAGAAUAAAACAUGGGCCAUGAAAAGAUGGGAAAUAGUCAGGAUUACAUAUAUUUUUAUUUCUUUGAGUCUUUGACUGCAGAGAGAUAUUUGAUUCUGGGAACUGCAAAGCUAAAGCAACAUAUAUUUUAAAAUAUGUUGACUUCAAAAUUUGAGUCUCAGAAUAUGUUACUUUGGAAAAGAGGUUCUACUUUUGUUUCCACAGAGGAUUGGAACCUGUGGGUUCCUUCUAGGCUAAUGUGGUUUAAGGAACAAGACUCCCUUCAAAAAAGGUCUCUGUGAACUCUAAAAAUACUUUACCCAACCACCAGCAGGAAAUAGUUUGGAGAAAACUAUGCCUAAAUUUCUUAAUGAUUAUAAAUGUUUGUUUUUAUUUAAAGGGGGUUGAUUAUAAAUGGUUAAUGGUCACAUUCAAUAUCUUUCUACAGAAGAAGGGGAUAUGAUAUAGAAAUGAAUACAUUACAAUGGUAUGGACUUUGGUUUAUUGAUACAAAUUUAAUGUCAAUUUUGUUAUAUAUAUAUUUCUACUCUCAUUUAAGGUAUUAUGUUCAUACAGCUCAUUUAAAAUUAUAGAUUAAUAGUCAUUUAUAAUAGUCGAUGUUGUAGUCAAAUUAGAUUUUCUAGAUAUACAGAGAUAUAUUUCAGAUGGAUAGGUAACCUUCAAAGACCAACAGAAUAUGGCUUUUAAAUGUUUUUAAGAACUUAGACUUUCCUCAGCAGUGAGACAUGUCUGCUGUAAAUAAUAAAACAUGUAGGAAUUUCUUGAAGAUAGGAUGGCAGCAUGUCCAUGCUUAGUGACAAAUAGAUCUCUGAGUGGGUGAGUCCAGGGUUCCGUAUGUUUAGUAUUUUUUUUCUAAUGGUUUGAAAUAUCAGGUUUUCUGGCUUGAAUGCUGGCCCUUUCUGGGUAGUGUCUCCUUUUCCUAGAGUGCUGCUUGAUCAGAUUCUACCUUCCCUUAUGUGAUUUUGAAAUGCAUGUUAAUAUCAUUGUUUUUGCCUAUGGGAUUUUUAAACCAUGUAUAAAAAACUAAAAAUCUGGUGGAGAUCAUUCUUUUCUCUGGUUCUUCACCCACAGAAUAAAGAAUAUGCAGAAGUAACAUGCUUGAGUUAAUUGAUUUUAUUUACACUUGGACCUUAGGAAUCUAAGAUUUAAUAGACUUAACACCAAAAUAAACCUCAAUAGGCUGAUUCUUUAAAGAGUCUGCCAGUCAUUCUACAGGACACAGAAGAAAACAACUGAUGAACUUUGCCAAUCAAGACAAGACAGAUCAUCAAAUAUUGUGCUUCACAGAAAAGUCUUUCAGAUAUGCUAAGCCUAUAGACCCAAGACUGAUGUUCCAAUGUUAUAGAAGAACUUUGGGGGACUGUCCAGGCAGUGAGAUAUCUCUGCCAAUUCUAGAGUUUUGGAGGUUGCUUACAAUGCACUUCCUGUUUACUUAGGUAAUAAUAUAUCCUUCUGGGGUCUUUGGAGUUGAAGACAGAUAGUUAUAGUUUGUCUUAAACUUAAUGAAAGAUAAAUUAGAUAUAAAACUUUAAACUCACAAAGGUAAAAUAGUAUAUUUUCUUUAAUUUUGCCUAAUACCAACGAGACUAAAUGUGACUAAUUCUUGCUUGAUAACUGUUGUAUUAUAUGUAAUUUUACUAUAUGAAAGUUAAAACCUUCCUUUAUAAAAAACAGAAAUGGAGAAAUGAUGUGGGAUGUCCUUAUUAUAUGUGUUUCUAUUAUAGGUACCUAAAACCUUAGGGACAUCAAAGAAUUCAUUUUGGAGAGAAACCCUACAGGUGUAAAGUAUGUGGCAGCCUUUAGAACUUACACCGCAGUUCUAAACUACAGACUAUAUUGGAGACAAACGUGAAUAUGGAGAAGGGCAAAGCAUGAAUAGAAACACUACAAAUAGGGCGUGUGUGAUAAGGCCUUUGUAAUCAUUCAAACCUUACCCAAAACAAAAGAAUCCAUGUACAAGAAAUCCAUAGACAUGUGAAGAAUACAGUGAUGUACUUUACCAUUCAGCCAGCAUUUUCUGAUUUUAGAAUUUAUCCCAGAGGAAACAACAAGACUGUAUGGUGUGAUAAUGCUUUUCAGGAUUCCUCAUUUGGUGAUGACUCCAACCAUAAAAUAUUUUCUUUGCUACUUUAUAACCUAAUAAUUUGCUACUGUUGUGAAUCAUGAUGUAAAUAUCUUUAUACUGAUAGACUUGGGUGACUCAUGGCAAAAGGUCUUUGACCCCUAAAGGGGUUUUGACCCACAGGUUAAUAAUUGCUUCCAUAAAUGAAGAAAAAUAUUCAUACUAAACAACAUCCCUAGAAAUGUGAGGAAUGCUGAGAACUUUAUCAUUCACCCAUUGUGCAUCGAAAACGUCACACAUGCAAAUGUAGAAUAUGACCAGGUGUUUAGGUUUUCUUCAUGUCUAUACGUGCAUUGUAGGGCUCAUACUGCUAAGGGACACUACAAAUAAUAAGAUUAUGGCAAGGUUUUAUCUGACUUUCAUAUUGGAAAUAUCCUCUGAGACCCCACACUUGUAAGAGAAGCUGUAUACACAAAUAAUUCUGAAAAGCCUUCAAUAUUACUAUUUUUCAUCAACAUAUAAUUCCACACUCCCAAAUAAUGGGAAAACUUCAAUAAUAUUAUAAUCUUCGCCAACACCAAAUAAUAUGUAUUGAAUUAGGAAUAAUGCAAAUGCUGAUGUCUUUAUUUGCUUCUGCUCUCAACAGCCUAGCAAUAUGUGUAAAUCACAAUUGUGUAGAUUCCUUGAUCUGAAUGUCCCAAGGAAAUCACUGUGGGUCGUUUUAUUGAUGCUAAUUGCUGUAGGAGAAUCUAGACUAUUAGAUGUUGGCAUUGUACCUUGUUGUAUGUGUUGUAUGUGCUCUUGACCAGAAUGUCCUAGGUUUAUGAAAAUGCUGGCUGAUCCCAAGCCAGGGUGAAGAAGACAGAAUACAGCAUUCCUCCAUGGUUUUUAGUUCAUGCCAUGCCUUUAGAUUUCUGCUGUGUUCUCCUGGCCUGCCUUCCAUGGAUGAAGAUGUUCUGCCAGUGUACUGAAAUGAUCCACCUUCCUCCCCUAAUUAGUUUUUGGUCAUGCCAUUUAUCACCACUAUAGAAAUCAAACUGGAUAAAGAAUGUUGCAAGGUUUUGCAUCUUCUUAGUACAAUAAUUAACACUGAAGCCUUCCUACUGGUGAUAGUAUCACAAGGCUUUAAAGCUUCUUCAAACUUACCUCACCCUCAACAAUUACACACACACAAAAAAAAAAAAACACUGUUCCAAAAAUAUUAUAAAGACUUUAUUGAUUUUUAUCAGCAAUUUAACACCAAAAAGAUCAUACUGGAGAGGAAUCCUGUAAAACAAAAGGAAAUCAAAUCUGAUUACAUGGAACAUGAGAAAAUCAUAUUUAAGAGAAACUAUUACAAACACCAAUGAUAGGUUAUAUGACACACCUUCAUAUCAGGAAGCUUUCUUUGUUGAGAAAACUUACAGAUAUAAAUUGUGUAAUGCCUUUCAUUGAAAUUCCAUUCUGAUUCACCACUAGUGAAUUUAUAUUAUGUAGAAACCUACUUAUGGCUCUAGCAGUAAUCUUGUCCAACAUAUACACCUUAUAACCUUUUUUUUUUUUUUUUUUUU